GCUGAACCCGCCUCUGGACCCUGCUCCGUGUGUUGCCGUUCCCGUGCGCCUUCGACGUGCCGAAAAGGGGAUCGUACCCUUUUUUCGCAAGAGCGACCUCCACGUCAGGCAGAUCGACCCACGUCCCCGUCCUUUGCGGCCGGGCCUAAGAACCUCCAUCUCCCCGGUCCUUUCCUUCUGCCAACCCUCCACUCCUGGCUCGCGACUAAAAAAAACCGCCCGCGCAUUGAGCUGCGUGCCGAAGUUCCUGCCUUCCCCCUUUUCCCUUCCUUUUGGGGUCCUCUUGUCAAUCUGUUCCGCCUGGAUCUGUCUGGGUCCAUUUGUUGAGCAAAAAGGGCAGUCCUGACUUGCGAGCCAGCUGUCGAGCCGGAAUCCUCCACGCCUAUUCCAACACACAGCGCUAUCCAUAAUCGUUGCGGCUUUCCGGUCUGCACGCCUCAAGACAGAUACUCGUCAUCAUGUCGGGAUACUACGAGCCCUCGCAAUGGCCCUCCUCGGGCCAGUCCGGCUGGGACCACCAGACCCCGCCGCCUGCUCGUUCGGGUGCUAGCUCCGCCGUCCCUCGCGAAGAGCCGACCGCCUUCGCCUACCAACUCGAGGAGGUCGACCGAGCCAUCGACAACCUCGUAAAAAGCGGAAAGAUGUUUGGAGGUCCCGGGGCCCGUCGUGAGUCCCUACCCUAUCCUGGUCCUAUCAGAAUGUACCCAGCUUUUGGACGCCCGCCUGCCGCCCCCGGUUCCCGUCCCCAUUCCAUGGCCGAUUUUGGUGACGCCCGCGGCCCGCACCCGGGCGCGAACUUGCAGAACUUCUACGCCUCUCAGCGGCACCAGCCCUCGCGCGGCUCGAACGAGGCGGAACAGAUGAUUCAGGCCAAGAGGAGAAUGGCGGCCGCCCAGCGGGAGCGCGACCUGCGGAAUUACCAUCAAGAGCAGCAAUACAACCGAACCGUUCUUGCCGAUAUGUCGUACGGUGGCAAUAAGCCGGAUCGCACCAUGAGCCCGGGUAGCUUGUCCGAGGAGGAUCGCCGCAAGCUCAUCGCUCAGCAGCGUAGCGCCUUGUACGGAGAGGGCCCGUAUCCCGAGGGCGCCGGCUACGUUGAUGAAACGGGCACUCCGCGGCCCGGUCUCCCUGGACCCCAGGUUGGGCCGGCCGGUCUGCGCGGACACUCCCCGCUGGCUUACGAAUACGGACGCGCCCCCCCCGUCCACCCUGACGCGGGCGCUCAAGUUGCUGCUGAAGGCGGCCAGGGGUCGCAGUCCGCUGGAACCAACGAGCAAGCCCGAGCUAACAGCAACUCCAGCCCUCAGUCCAACCCCGGAGGCAAGGGCGUGUUUGAUACGACGGUGGCCCAGCAGUCGAACCGCACCAGCGUCUCGUCCCCGGGAGGGUCUCCGCCCCGCCAGGGCGCUCCGGGCAGCAAGCCUUCCCAGAGCUCGGUUGCUCCUAUCGGCACCCGGCCCUCCGUUUCUGGCGCCCCGGCGAAUCCUGCCCUGAACAAACGGUCCACCACGCCGCUGGCGUCCCCGCUUAGCCAGGGUUACAACGCAUCUGGCAACGAGGAGAGCGGUCCUUCGGGCAGCGCCGCCCCCCCUAACACGUCGGCGCCGGCGACUGAGGGUGCCAAUGUUGGUCUGUCCGGCUGGGGUGCCCGCCCCAACGGCUGGGGUAGCAAGCCUGGUCUCGGCGGUGUUCAGGCGAGUGUCUGGGGCUGAAAUUUCAU